GAAAGUGAAUAAAAUUAAUUGAGAAUGUCUGAAAACCUUGACAAGUCUAACAUAAAUGAAGCAGGAAAAUCAGAUGAUUCCAAGCAAGGCCUUGAAGAUGCUGUGGAUGGGUCUGAUGAAGCUUUACAGAAAAGAAUAAAUUCGGGCUCUCCUAGUCCCCAAAGAUUGCAAAGACCUCACUCCAGUCCUCCUCGAUUUGUGACUGUAGAAGAGCUCUUGGAGACAGCAAAAGGAGUCACUAACAUGGCUUUAGCCCAUGAAAUCGUAGUAAAUGGAGACUUUCGGAUUAAGCCAGUGGAACUACCCGAAGACAGCUUGGAGAAGAGAGUAAAAGAAAUUGUACAUAAAGCCUUUUGGGAUUGUUUGAGUGUCCAGCUCAGUGAAGACCCUCCCACAUAUGACCAUGCCAUCAAACUGGUAGGAGAGAUUAAAGAGACGCUCUUAUCUUUCUUGCUGCCUGGUCACACUAGACUGAGAAACCAGAUAACAGAAGUCUUGGACCUGGACCUGAUCAAGCAGGAAGCCGAGAACGGGGCCCUGGACAUUUCCAAGCUGGCAGAAUUCAUUAUUGGCAUGAUGGGGACACUUUGUGCACCUGCUCGAGAUGAGGAAGUUAAGAAACUGAAGGACAUUAAGGAAAUAGUGCCUCUUUUCAGGGCCAUCUUUACUGUGUUAGACCUGAUGAAAGUGGACAUGGCCAACUUCGCGGUCAGUAGCAUUAGGCCGCAUCUCAUGCAGCAGUCAGUUGAAUAUGAAAGGAAGAAAUUUCAAGAACUUUUGGAAAAGCAGCCAAAUUCCUUGGACUUUGUCACCCAGUGGCUAGAAGAAGCAUCAGCUGACCUUAUGAAUCAGAAGUAUAAAAAUUCCCUGCCAGCUGAGGAUGGGGCUGCUGGCUCUCAGAACACUGUCAUGCCAAGUCGUAUUGCUGUCCAGAAUUAUGCAUACCUGAAGCUUCUGAAAUGGGACCACCUCCAGAGACCUUUCCCUGAAACAGUUUUGAUGGACCAGUCUCGCUUCCAAGAGCUCCAGCUCCAGUUGGAGCAGCUUACUGUACUGGGGGCUGUGUUGCUGGUCACGUUCAGCAUGACAGGCCCAGGAAUUUUCAGUCAGGCCGACUUUGCUGAGAAACUCAAGAUGCUGGUCAAGAUUCUGCUGAUAGAUAUGCAUCUGCCCUCCUUCCAUCUGAAGGACGCCCUGACAGCCAUUGGGGAGAAAGUCUGUGUGGAGGUGAGCAGCUGCCUCGCCCUGUGUGGCUUCACCCCCUUCACCACAGACAAGGAGACGGUGCUCAUGGGCCAGAUCCAGGCGGUGGCCAGUUCCGACAACCCCAUUCGCAGGAUCAUGGAUUCUCGAAUCCUGACCUUCUUAGAAACCUACCUUGCCUCAGGUCAUCAGAAGCCAUUUCCCACAGUACCUGGUGGAUUGGGCCUGGUUCAGAAAGAGCUGGAGGAAGUCGCUAUUAAAUUUGUUCGCCUGGUCAAUUAUAACAAGAUGGUCUUCAGUCCCUACUAUGAUGCAAUCCUCAGUAAGAGCCUCGUCAAAUCCUAACCUGUAUGCUCCUUACAGCCGUAUUACUAACUUGACUUAGGAUACCUGUUCCCAACUAUAGUGUUGCUUUGGAAAAUGCCUACUUAGACAUUUCUAUUUAACUGCACUGAUUCCGAAGGGAAGCAUAGUGUGUAUUACUGUUGAAAUAUGCACUGAAUUCUGUAACGUGGGGUUGCAUUUAUGAGUGCAAGUUUACAAAUCAAAGAGGCUUUUUGUUAUC